AUGUCUGAAAAUCCAGAAGUGUCACAAGUUGACGAUAAUGUUGCUAAUGAUGGAAAUCCAAUUGAAUUACCAGAUAGCAAUGUCGAUAUUGAAUCACAGAAGGAAGCAAUCCCUCAAAAAACCAAAAAAUAUAAAAGGAGAAAACAAUAUUUUACUUUUCUCAAGAAAUUAUUCCUCCCUCUUGUCGCAGUUGGAUUGGCCACAGGUGUAUGUUGCGGUGGUAUCAUAGGAACAUAUCAAUUUCUUGCAGAGUUACUCGUCGAUAAAUCUAAAUACCUCUUUUCUCUUGUCCGUAAAGAUUUACGAUGGUUACCACUUGCAUUUUUCAUUGAUAUAUUAAUCGGUUUGGGUAUUGGAUUAGCAUUGGAGUGGUUCAGCGAAAUUCGAGGAAGUGGAAUCCCUUACAUCGAGAGUGUCGCUCGUGGAAACCUUGGUCUCACAUGGUACAUUUCCUUACCAGCUAUGUUUGUGGUCAGUUUAUCCAGCCUCUUCUCAGGUCUUUCAUUAGGAUCUGAAGGUCCAUCAGUAUAUCUAGGUGGUUGCAUCGGAUACGGAUUCGCCAAGCUUAUUAAGAUGAAUCAUAUUCACGAUAUGCUGUUAGUUGCAGCUGGUUCUUCAGCAGGUCUGGCAGUCGCAUUUGAUGCUCCUCUAUCUGGAUUGAUUUUCGCUUUAGAAGAAGUAUACCGAAAAUUCUCAACACAAAUUAUCCUCGUUUCCGUUAUAUGCGUAUCAGUUUCACAAAUUAUUACACAUCUAAUUUUCCAUCCAAGAAUCAUGCUUAUUAACGAUAUCGCAAAUGAAAAAUUCAACAUAAUUACAUUCUUAGUUGCCAUCUUUUGUGGCUUGUCAGGCGGAUUUAUGGGUGCGUUAUUUAAUUUAGGUAUUAGAAGAGCAAGAAACUUAUACAAGUAUGCGAAAUUCCUUCCAAUGAAGUUUUACGUUAUAAUUCCAGAAGUACUAGCCGUCGUUCUCUGUACAUUUUUCCCAGAUGCAGGUUUCGGAGGCGCUACUGUUCUAAAGAAAGUACUGAAUAACGAAUUGAAAGUAUGGGAAAUCGCUACAUGUUUCGCUAUUAGAUUCAUUUCCAUCCUUAUUUGCUUCGGAUCUAAAGCAUCAGGAGGAAUCUUUAUUCCUAUGCUUUCAAUCGGAGGUUUGUGGGGUGGAUUGGUUGCAAAACUAAUGGUUCUUGCCGGUUACGAUUCAACUAGAUAUACUUACAUGGUUUUAAUGGUAAUGUCUUCAUUUUUCACAGGAGUCGUCAGAGCACCACUAACUGCAGUGAUUUUACCAGUUGAAUUCACAAUGCAGUUUUGUGGCUGGCUUGGACCAACAACAGCUGUUGCUUGGGCUUACAUUAUUGCAGAAGUAAUGAGAAUUGAGCCAUUAUACGAAAAACUUAUGGAAGCUCUUGUCGAAAAGAGAGAUGAAGAUGAGCUGCAAGAUUUCGAAGAAUUCUCCUUCUUAGUUACACUUGAAUCAAUGGUUUGUGGUUUGACAGUCAGAGAAGUCAUUCUUCCUGAAGGAACCCUCAUAACUCAUAUAUUAAGAGAUAAGACACCUAUUUUCCCUACUGAAAACACUCAAAUCAUUGACGGAGAUGAAGUAUUCUUCAAAUGCUCAUCAGAAGAAAUAGAAUCUGCUGAAGAACAAAUGUCAAAGUUAUUCUAA